CAAAUCAUUGCCAAUUGCCCGUUGCUCCGUUUGGCACUCCAGGCUCAUAUGGCGUUGGCCCGUCUGGGCCCACAUUAGUAUGAGGGAAUGCCUCGAUGAGAUGACGCACAGCUCGGCAUGAAAUUGGACCAUGUCUCCUCGGAAACGAUUUUGGGGUGUCCGUUUUCUGUCCAUCAUUCGUGACGGCAAAGACUUUGAGGAAGCUGCGUCGCCAUGUUAAGCAGUGAUUCGACCGUUAUUGAGGGGGUGAACCAUCCCUCAUUCUCAAGAUUCUUCGAAGCACCUUUCUCAGAUCGCAUACCUUUCCAAAAUGGGCCAGAGAUCUCCUUCAAUGGCGAGGUGUCGACCUUCCUUGCGAUCCCUAUCAAGCGUAAUGAUCGCUUGCUCUCCGCCAAUGCGGGUGAAUCUCCCUCUGGAGGGAGCUUCAUGUCAUUGUUGAAGGCAAAGAAUAAGUCACCUGUCCCAGGCGGCUCCAUUGGGGGACUGAAGCCAUCCUCGAUGAGGUUUCUCGACUUCAAGCGGGCUUUGCUUCCAUCAAUGCUCAUGGCUGUGCGGAAUAUGCAGCCACAUGGGGUAUCAGAAAAAGACGGGGACAACGCAUCGGAGGCUGAUGGGGGGUACGGGAGCUAUCGUAGCUCUAGCAGUGUGACGGAAGUUGCGGAGCUGCAUACAGACCCUACGGCGCAACCGUCCGCGAUGCUGGCAGACAUGGAGAAUGCUCUUGCGAAUGGUAGCUCAGAUUCCGACUCGGGAAUCGACCGAACUGAGUUAGAAAAAGCGGAGGAACGGAUAAGAGUUCAGCUGCUUCAGGCGACGGGAUUACUGCUUCCGACGGAUUCCCAGUGGUACUUGCUGAAUGAACUACGAAUUCAUGCCGGCGCACCUGAGCGAUCUGAAGCCGGUAUUGAGCGACUAUCCCAUUACUAUGCGCAACUUCUGUAUCUAGAACCCAAAUUUCCAUUUGAAACGGAUGAGAUCCGCAUGAACUUCAACUGGUAUGAGGCGUUCUUCCCCGGACGAAGAGUGAUCACCAAUUGCAUACAAUUCGAGAAGGCCUCGGUCCUUUUCAACAUCGCCGCUGUCUAUACGUCUCUGGCUCUCUCACAAAGCUUAUGGACGCCAGAUGGGAAGCGGAAAGCUGCCAAACACUUCCAAAAAGGGGCCGGUGUCUUGUUCCACAUCCGAGAUCGCCUAUGUGCCCGUUUCAAACCAAAAUUGGACAAGCAGAGUGACCUAAGCGAAGUCACCCUUACAGCAGCCGCGGAAUUGAUGCUGGCUCAGGCUAUGGAGUGCUUCUAUGAGAAGGCAACCGACACUAAGGCGAGUUCAGGUGUAACUGCCAAGAUCGCGGCACAAACAGCAGACUACUAUGAAGUGGCAUCUCGUGCGGCGAGGCUGUCUACCGGGAACUACAAAAUGCGAUUCCCGGAGACAUGGGCCCAGCACAUCAAAUCAAAGACGCAGAUGUUUUCCGCCAUCGCCCAUAUGCACACAGCGCCAGAGUCCGCUGCUGAAGCCGCCGUCGGCGAAAGGAUUACCCGCGUCUCGAUUGCAAAGGAGUUGAUUGAGCAGGCUGCCAAGCAUAGCAAGGACGUUGGGGGAGCUUUGCAUGAGUUGAUCCAGGGCCAUGCAAAAAUCAUAGGCACCGCCCACUCAUUCCUCGUCCAUGCCAACUUUGAGCGGCAUCACCACCCCACUUUCGAUCAUCGGCUGCUGCCACCGCUGAAGCGACCUCAAGAUUCGUUGGUGAACCCGACACCACUGGAAGAAUCGAUCGCGGAUCCACGAAACUUCCCGGACUUGUUCCAUGCCAUCAUGUCGCCUACCAACCAUACUGGCAUCAAAGCCAUCUUGGCGGACUGCAAGCAGAAGAUCGAGUCUGGGCGGUCGGAGUUGCUGAGCUGCGUUGUCGAUAUCGAUUGGUAUGUGCAUCCCAGCAUUUGGCACCACCCGCCAUGAUGGAUCUCACACGCCCCAACAGCAAACUGGCAUCACUGGGUCUUUCAGUCCCACAACCACUCUCACCUGGCGAGGAGGCAAAAUCAGCAUCGCCGACGGGUGCGGAGCCGAUGACAACGCAAGGUCUUCAGAACCGCGCUAUGAUCUUAGUUGAG